CUUGACGUCAUCACUCUUUCAUUGAGCCUCAAUGAGUGCAGCAUCAAAAGUAGUUUUCCUUCUGAAAUUCCCGAAUAGAUGAUUAUUGUGAUGGGGUGGUGAUUCGAGGAAGAAACUGCGCCUCGUGCGCAAGACGCCAAAAAUGAUUUCACCAUGGAGUCCCGGAGCAUUUGCUCUCAAUCUGUUUUCAACGCAUCACGUUCUUCACCUGAUCAAUGGCAGAGGAAUUCAAUGGGAUCAGCUUGGGGUUUCAGGCCCCAAGCAUAUUUUUUCAUGCUAAGGCCCCAACCUUCAAUAGUGAUGGAGGGCCUGCCAAUGUGGAUGGUGGCAGAGGGCAUGCUGGCCUUCAAGGCCAAACUGAUUUCUUUGACUGGAUGGAAAACAAGAUGGAUCUGAGUCUCUUUGAUGCCCUUCCUGGAGAAGAACCAAUAACUGAGACAGUGAAUCUAUAUGUCAAUGGGAAGAAGGUACAUCCAAUUGAUCAACUGCUGGCACAAAGCAUUGAUCUCGACAUUCUGAACCAACUAGAUGCCACACCAGAAGGGAAGUCAGCUUUGUCUGAUGAUUUCCCUUCUACCAUCUCCCAGCAUCCCAAAAUCGCUGAAGAACUACCUAAUGAAAGACUCAAGACUGUCCAGAUGCCCAUAGCCCAGGAAGUCCAGGUUUUGGGCCAUGAAGGAGACUCAGAUGAGGGAUUUACCACCAUCAGUGCUGAUGAACUCAUGUCUCUUCUGUCGCAUUCAUGGGAAGAUACAUGCUCAUCUGGUGUGGAAUUCCCGUCCUCACCUUCAUCUGUUUCCUCUACCUCUUAUGAUGAUAGCAUGGAUACUGAAGACUGCCAAGAUGUCUGUGAGAUAUCAUCACCAAUGAAUGCCCAGAAGAGAAGGCAGAGAGUAGGACCUGAAGAGAAGAGGCUUCGAAAAAAAGAGCAGAACAAGAAGGCAGCUACCCGCUACCGCUUGAAGCAAAAGUACCAAAAGCAGGGCCUUUGCUCUGAGCAGCUGAUUAUGGAGACCAAGAAUAAGGAAUUGAGAGAAAAACUUGAGAGUUUGUGCAAAGAAAAGAGGUACCUUGCAAGGCUUAUGCGAGACUUGUUCACCGCUAAGCAGCUAAGUUUGAGUGUGUAGAUGACUAGUGUUAAAUAAGGGAUGCUGUAGUUUUCUCUUCUGUUUCUCCUCUUCAUUAUGUCACCAUUAAGGCCAAUUGUUUUCAGUCUAUGUGAAUCCCAAUGGUAGUUUGAAAGGGAUCACAUACUCUUUGGAAUCAGCUGCUCAGAGCAAUGCCAUCCUCCAUCAGCUGCCAUUGUUUAAUGAUUGCCAGAGUAUUAAUGAUGCCCUUUGCCAGCAGAUGACUGCAAACAAACAUUCAUGACAGGUAUCCCCCUUGAUGUUCAUGUUUGUCCCUCUGUUAUCAUGGCUUGCUAUGGGCUGAUAUAAACUCAUCUCUGGCUUGUUUGGUUGAAAGAUUACUUGAUUUUAGGGUUAUGGGUAAUUAUUAAUAUCACUUUGUCUCUCUUUUUUUUAUAAUUCUCAAAAUAAAUAAUUACCCCUUGUGUACUA